AUGCCUCCUUGUCUGUAUAUCUGCUGCCACUUUGAGAUCACCGACGACCACCAUAGCUCCCCAUCAAGACCCAAAUCCAACUCCAAAGCCAUCCAAGAUGGUCGACGCAUCUCUCGCCACCACUCCCACACUAGAGAACGACAAGGACAAAGUCCUCGAGGAGACAAACCAAGAGAAAGAUCACACGAGAGACACAGACAUCAUUCCCGUCACCGCUCUCCCUCCUCUCCAGUACGCCAUAUCCCUCAACAAGCCCAUCAAACAUCUCUCAUCCUAACCCUUUGCACCCAACAGCGAUCUCAUCACCAAAAUCUUACCACUUCACCAUCUACCCAGAACCCCCUCAGUGCAACACAGGACCAACAUCCAGCCAACCAAGUCAAGACUCUACGUCAGAACAUUGAGAACGAAGACACACGCCACACCCUCACCAUCACAAAACUACACGAAACCCUCGAUACCGAGCACGCUCGCCACGAUUCCCGCACCAAAGACUUUCGCUCACGACUCAUCGACUUGAGUACCGCGCAUCAACACCAACUCCGUUUACUUCCCAAAAAGCUGCAACAGCAGCAACAGCAGCAGCAGACUCAGACUGCCAAUGAUGAUGGAAAAACUGUGGGAGAUAACACGGCGGUAAACAAGCAAGGCUAUAUAGCAAAAUGGCUCGACGGACUCAAAAGCAUGAGUUCGUUUUCUGGAGCAAGGGACAACAGUAGUGAUGGAGACAGUAGUGUGGAGGUAGUGGCUGCAAAAGAUGCAAAGGGAAAAGGCAAGGGGAUCAGAAUUGUUAGUGAUGGUGUUGAGGAGGGUGGUGGUGGUGAUGUCUAA